CAGCCAGGAGGCGGGAGUGACCCACAGCAGCUGAUCCAGCUUGGGCACUGCCUCUCCCACAGCCCUUAGGACACACCAUGGGCCCAGAGGCUGGUUUGUGGCACACCAGCGAGGACGCAGGCGGCGGCCCUGGCGACUCUCAACUGCCUCCCUGACCACAGCGACAACCUCGCCGAAGCCAUCGUCACCACCUACAGAGGAAUUCAACCGCGGCAAACUCAUCCCCACCACCGACUACCAGCUACGUAAACAACUAUGGCGGGAGAGAGGUGGCAGGCCGAGGGGCUGGGAGAAGGAUGGGCCAUCUACGUCACACCCAGAGCCCCCAUCCGGGAGGGAAGGCAGAGACUCGCCCCUCAAAAUGGCGACGGCAGUGACGCGCCUGCGUACGGAACUCAUCCGUCGCGCCAAGGACGACGGGAAGUGAGGUUUUCAGAAGAACCGCCAGAAGUGUACGGCGACUUCCAGUCCCGGGCGGCCAAAGAAAGGUCUCCGGGGAGGAGACGAACCCCGCCAGAAAAGUUCCGGCCGGAUUCUGCGAAAGAGGAAGUGAGAGAAAGCACUUACAAUCUUCGGUCUCGACAACGGAGGCAGCAGGGGCCCCAGGAAGCCGAAGAGAUGAAGACGCGGAGGUCUACUCGUCUUGAGCAGUACUCACAGCAGCCGCAGCCGCAGCCGUCUCCGGCUACGAGCGGGCGAGGGCUACAGGACUCUCAGUCCUCAAGCGAGGACCGCGGAGAGGAUGAACCUUCUUCCCAACCUGUUACAAGCCAAACAGCCUCAAAGAAAACUGUUAGAACACCAGAGACUUCAGUGAUGAGUGAAGACCCUAUAAGUAACUUAUGCAGACCCCCAUUAAGAAGCCCAAGACCUGAUUCAACAUACCAAACAAACGGAAAUGCUACAAUGAAUGAAAGAGAAGCUACCGUUGUCCAACAGGUCAAUUUCUUUGAAGAAGGAGAAACCGAAGAUGAUCUGGAGAGCUCUUACAGUGAUGUCACUCUCAGGGUCAGAUCCAGGGAGUCUCUUGAGUCUAGAGAUGAAGCUGCCCAAGCAGCUGGUCAUCAUCCAGAAUCACCAUGGGGGUUACCACACAGUCAGGACUUCCCAGCUCAUGAGAAUCAGCCUUCACUGCUGACCUCAGGAUGUCAGAAAAACCCUCAGGAGUGGGUUAACCAAGCUAUAAGAAUGCGGGCUAGAAUGGCAUAUAACAACAUUCAGAAAUCAGACUUUGGAAACCAAUCUUCAUCAACAUCCAGGCAACAAGCAGCUGUACAACCUCCAAAUGAAUCUUCUGUCAAGAUAAAAUGGUGGCUGCUGGGACUUGUUGCCAUCCUUGCCAUGGGGAUAUUUUGGUUCUUUCAUACUCCUGCAGUAGAAACCACUGCCGUUCAAGAAUUCCAGAACCAGAUGAAAGAGCUCCAGUCUAAGUACCAGAGUCAAAAUGAGAAGCUGUGGAAGAGAGGCACAACAUUCCUAGAGAAACAUCUGAACAGCUCACUCCCUCGGCCCCAGCCUGCCGUCCUGCUGCUCACUGCAGCUCAAGAUGCUGCAGAGGCCCUCAAGUGUCUGAGUGAGCAGAUUGCCGACGCCUACUCUUCCUUCCGCAGUGUCCGUGCCAUUCGCAUUGACGGGGCAGGGAAAGCUGCUCAAGACAGUGACCUCGUCAAGCAUGAAGUUGAUCAGGAGCUGACCGAUGGGUUCACAAAUGGCCAGAACGCAGCUGUGGUACACCGCUUUGAAUCCCUGCCCGCUGGCUCAACCUUGAUCUUCUAUAAAUACUGUGACCAUGAAAACGCAGCGUUCAAAGAUGUAGCCCUCGUCCUGACUGUGCUGUUGGAGGAGAAGACGCUGGAAGCCAGUCUAGGCCUAAAGGAAAUUGAAGAGAAAGUGAGGGAUUUCCUUAAAGUCAAGUUCACCAGCUCUAGCUCGGCCAGCUCCUACAACCACAUGGACCCAGACAAGCUGAAUGGGCUCUGGAGCCGCAUCUCUCACCUCGUGCUGCCUGUGCAGCCUGAGAACGCCCUGAAAGCAGGCAGCUGCUUAUGAGGGAGAGAAGUAGAAAUCCUGUCUCGAGUUUAAACAGUUUUCAGACUUUGUAACCAGAGACGGAUUUUGGAGCAGUUUUUGAAAUCUGGUUUCUUUUUAAAGGAAGUAAAGCUCAUUCAUAAAGGUGGAAUAACUAAAUCAUUUAUCCAGCCUCAUUAUCGGUGAUUUCAGAGAAUCCUUUCUCUAUUUCCACUAAGAACCAUGUUAAAGGUGUUUAACUUAGUGUACAGUAUAUGCAGUUCCCAAGUGUCUGCCUUGAUUCUGGCCGAAUUAUUCUUGCUGGGGUGUGACCAGUGAGAAGGACUAGGUUCCUCUCUCAGAGAGUCAGCUGUAUAUUUACCUUGGAUUUGUUUGUGUUUGUGACCUUAUUCAUGGCUGACAGCUCCCUAGUUAGAGCUGUGAAUUUCCCUAUUAGUUUUUCUCUCAUACCAUUUAGAUGUGUGAUCCUUAGCUUCUACCUAUAAAAACAAAACUGGGUGUGCAGUUUAGCCAGUCCCUCCUCCCCCACUGGUUUUUAGAGAGGGAAGAAGGGGUUUGGAGGUAGAAAGUGAAGAGAAACUGUUUAAUAGAGAAGGAAAAGGAAGGAAAGAAAAGAUAGCUGCAAGCUGGGCAUGGUAAGCAACGCCUGUGGUCCCAGUGCUGUCUCAGGGUAUAGUCUGGAGAGCAGAAGUUCAAGGCCAGCCUCAUCUGUAGAGUGAGUUUUCUGCCACCCUGGACUACAUGAGACACUAUCUUAAAAAAAAAAAAAUUAAAAAAAUUAAAAAAUUUUCAAAAUCAAAUGUUACUUUAAAAAGAAAGAAAUGUAAAAGUGACAAAGAGCCUCUGAGAGGUGGUCACACAGGCAUGCCUAGGCUGCGGGCCUCGAACUGGUACAGUUUGCUUUUUAUGCUUCUGUUCUUGGCGUGAGGCUGAAGCUCAGUGGUAGAGCAGUUGCCCAGCCUGUGCAAUACCUUGGGUUCAGUGACUAGCAUUCCACAUGCCUGUGAUCUCAGCACUCAUCAAAUGGAGGUUGUAGUAUCUUGAAUUCAAAGCCAGCCUGGAAUAUUAUAUAUACAUAAUAUAUCAUUCAAGACCCUAAUUCAACCCCACUCCCCAGUAAAAAAAAAAUUCCAUGGUCCUCUUUCAAGAUUUUUUAAGCUUGUAUAUUAUGCAGUAUAUUUCCUUAUUUAACUCUUAACAAUUUGGAAGGUAGGCAAAUUCAAAGCAGUCUCUUUGAUAAUACCUGACAGCUUUUGUCUUAAAGAAAUUAGUUUCCAGUAUAUCCUCAACUUGAUGGUUUGGGAUAAUUUUAUUAUUGUUGUUUUUUUAAUUUUUUUACUUUUUUGCCAAUACUAGGAAUUGAACCUGAGAUCUGACACCUACUUGUCACGUGCUCUGCUAGUGAACAUCCAUCCCCCAGCAGUAAAAACACAUUUCAAAGUCAGGUAACUCAUGUCUAUAACGCCAGCACUUGGGAAGUUGAAGAGGAAGCCAUUGUUAGCUAUGUAGUGAGUUUCAAGGCAGGUUGCCUGGGCUGCAGAAUGAAGUACUGUCUCAACACCCACUUCCCCCCCCCACCCCCCCCCACACACAAACACACACACACACAAAAUAUACAACACACAGAGACAGCUUCAAAAAUUGGUUAACAGAUUUCUGCUGAGCUAUUGAAGAGAACUUCAUUUUCUCCGUAUACAUGAGUACUUGAGGUCCUUGAAUGGCAGUCCAUAACAAAUACAAAAAUAUACUAUGCACAUGAUCAAUUUUUUUUUUUGAGUACCUCAAGCCAAAAAGAGUGAACCUUAACACACAUGAAAAGUGUUGAGCCUAGGUCUCUGCUGCUGCAGUACUUGAGGGUUUUGCACUUGUAACUAGGCUUUCCCAUCUAGUCUGCUGCUUUAGUUUGCUACUCUUGCAACUCUAGAUGCACCUUGAGUUCUUAUCUGAAUGAGAAUGCUGGGGUCCUAGUCAACCCUUUUUCCCCACUGGAAGUCUCAUGGUGGUAGAGAGUGGGCUAACUUCUUUCCAGGGGACUACUAAUAUUUGUACCUUUAUUAUCUGUUUCGAUCAAGUCAGACUGAUAAGGUUUAUUUUGUAAAGAAUUAUACAAAAAUUUUUGAAAGUUUAUUUUUUACAUACAUAUAUCAUAAGGAAAUGGAAAUGUUUUAUUGAAUAUUCCACUGGCUUAAGUACAUUUUUAAAUGAUAUAUUGCUUUUAUCCUUCAAGAAAAAUAAUUGUAGCAGUUAAUGUGUAAAUAACUUUAAAAGCUAUUUUAGUAAUUUAAAUAAAUUUACCUUUUGGGUUUGUA